ACCCACUUACUCCUGCUGGGCCCAGAAAUUUAAAAUAGCCUACAAAAAAAAAAAAAAAAAAAAAUGUCCGCUUUAAGAACCCUUCUUUCUUCUCUCUUAUACACUUCAUUGAAAUGGACGACGACACCAUUGAGUACUUUUUCGAUUCGAUUGAUAGCUUUUAUGCUGAGUUAGAUGAAGUCCUCCAUCGAUCCUAUUCAAGUGAAGAGGAUGUAAAGCGAAUCACAACACAGUAUGUUCGCUUUCUCACACGAUAUCAACAGGAAUUCUUAAAGAGUGCAGUAGAGUUUGCACAGGUUGCUUACAAGUUGAUUGACUCUAAGCUAUGUCUUGAUUACAGCACAGUCGUAUUAGGUCACUUAUUAAAUGGACAUGCCCUUGUCUCUCAAGACAUGAGUGAACUCCUUGUUGCCUAUUCCUUGUUGCUGUAUGCAGGUAAAGAUGAACCCCGAUGGAUGAAUUAUAUUUUAUUGGAAGCCAUUCAAAAGCGAAAGAAUCGAUUAUUCUGCAAAAUCAUGACCGAGAUUCGAUUGGGCUUUUACACCAGUUAUAAAAUGUUGAGUGUGUCCUUUGCACUGUGUUAUGAAAUGUGUAAAUUAGCCAAAGUAGAAGAAACUGAUCUAGAGGUGCUGGAUACAGAUAUGAUAAACCACUUUUUAAACUUGGUGGAGGAAACACGUGGGGAUUCAGACGAGUCGUUUAAUUAUGAUGUCAUUCGUCUGAUCAUGGUUCUGAACGAGCAAUACAUGAUGUCUGGUUUGGGCUUGAAUUUGGUGCUAGAUGUACUUUCGAAAAGAAUGGGUAUCUCGGAUACAUUUAGUGCAAAUUUAAUCUUUAUGCUUAACCGCUCUAACGACACGUGUGUGCAAAUGUUAAUAUUAAAGCUUCUCUACGGGAUAUUUACAACACCUACAUUAUACGAAUACUUUUAUACCAACGACUUGUAUGUGUUAGUGGACAUCACUCUACGAGAAUUAUGUGAUCUGGGAGACACAAAGGAAGCACAGACAUUAAGGGAUGCCUAUCUGAGAGUGCUGGAACCACUCUUGGAGAACACACAACUUCGAUUGAGACCGUAUAAAAAGGAAGAGACACACAAGACCCUUUUGUCUUUACUAAACCCGGGGAUGCAGCGUAAAGUGAACUCAACCACGAAACGCAUUGUCAAGCGAAUCAUUGAGAAUUGGUGGGAAAAGUUAUGUGGAUUCCAAAAGAGUGUGUAUUACAAUGAUAAUGUGAAUUCACCCAAUUUAUCUCAUGAUUCUCGAUUGUCUUCCUGUACUUCUUCUGUGGGGCCUAGUACACCAGAUGCCGUUGAUGAACUUUCGGCUGUUGUGGCUCGUAAAGAUAUCCCCUCAAAUAAUAAUAACAGCAUAAAAAUACAGAUUUAAAACUCCUAAGAAAUUAAAACCUCUCUUUUUUUUUCUCUCUUUUUUCUUCUUUCUUCUAUUAUUAUUAUUAACGCAACGAAGGGGGGGAAAAGAUGGCCAAG